GCUCCUUGUUAAUAACCACUACUACCUCGCAGCGCUGAUGGUCCUACGGACUAUUGCGCUAACCCGUAGCUCACAAACUGGCAGUCAUCAUUAAUAGCCUCAACGGCUACCACGAGCCCUCUAUGGAGGAGCUAGAGAAUGAGCUCCCUGUAGUCCUUGAUGGCCAGGUUCCUCUAGGCGACCUUCUUUCUAGAGUGGCCCAGGCCAUCUAUGCUGAGCUGUCUGAACUUGCUGAGACUCUUCCAAAUAUGUCCGAUGGUGCUCGAAAACGCACGCUCGCUGAUUGGGUCGUGAAGAUUAAGAAACAAGUUGUAAAGCUGUAUGCCAUCACUAAGUGGGCGCGGGAUGCAGAGACCGUACAGAAAUGCAUGGCGAGUAACAUCACUGCUUUUCUCAUGAAUCAGAACGAACAAUUCGAAAAUGUCAUGAAAGGUCUGACAUACGCAAAAGAAAGCUUGGAUCCUGCCAGGCUACGAAACCAUGACUUACUCACCUCGCUGGAUGUCCUUACUACGGGCGCAUAUCAGCGGCUACCGUCUGGCAUCAAGAAAUCUAUCAUUCCAAUUACUCCUUUAACAGAUGCUGAAAUUAUAAGUACGCUCAGUGACAUGGAAGACGCCAUCCGCUACCGUCUCCGUAUGUCGGAGAUAAUCCCGGUGGAAAUGUUUCAGCAUCAUAUUGCUAAUGGACGUGUGCACUUCUCGGUCCCUAAGUUGUUCGAAACUGCUAUCUGCCUAAGAGGUGCAGAGAAGAAUGACGGCUGGUUCUUUGUUAGCGUCAAAUUCUUGAUCACAGUUGGCGGUGACCUUACGGGCAUGCAAGAGUUCCCUUCAGAGCCCACUGGCCUCCUCAGACGACACAUUGCAGAUGAGGCUGAUCUACGGAUGUCAUGUUACCUUCCGCUCCCAGAUAAAUCAGAAUUUGCUCCGAAUCUAGAAGAUCCACCGCGACCGCAGCUUCCAGAGGGAACAGUAGAUGCACCUCUUGUGAGGCUCUUUAAUUUCCUUCAGAUGAUGUCCAUGUCCUAUCAGCUUGAAAUAUUGUGCUACCAGGCUCAGAGGAUGCGCUCCCUUGGUUGGGCUGACUUCCUCAAAGUCGAGAUGCGUGAUGGGCGUAAAACACUUGCUGUGUCGUAUUGGAUGCGACCCCCACAACCUGGAGCUCCCGCGGCAGCCCCCAAUCGUCUCAAAUUACCACCGCAUGGUGGUACCUUGACUAUUUCUAUUGUUGAAAAGGUUGACAAAAAAGCUGCGCGAUCACCUAUAGCGCGGAUGCUUGCCGAGCUUCAGCGAAAGUCAAAAUUAGGUGACAUGCGCCCUUCUGAUGAUGUUGAAAGCCUGCGGUUUGACGCAAAAUGGGAACCGAUGAAGGGCGUGUUGGCUGCCAAUAUCGAUGCUGAGGAAGCGAUAGUUGCGGUUAAAGAGCUUGCGGUUGAGUCCGAUAAUAUUGACUUUGAGUCGAUGUUGAGAAAGGUGAUCGAGGUGCACACCCAAGCAAUCCUGAGAUUCUAUCAGGUCCAACUUCAACGGGGUCCUGUUCGGGUAUUCUCCCCUGCAGGCAAAGUGGUUCUGGUUUCUGAGAGGGGUUAUCAUUCUCUGCGCGUGCAUCUCUGUGCCAACGAAGUCGCGAUCGUGUCCAUCGACACUAGGACAGGCCGGCUGAGUAUUCGGGAUACUGGUGACCUCGCGGCAGCUGGCCGAGGACCACGGUUUUCUGCCAUCUCUGACAAACUCAACGAAGCACCCAAUAUGCUUUUCGAUGUGCUCAUCAGACUACGAUUUAACACGAUUACAGAUAUCGUGGAACAGAAAGCUAACUACCUUGGCUUCCAAGUGUUCCGACACCGAAACUUCUCAAAAGAAGAAAUUCAAAAGCUUGGACCCGCAGCGCGCGGCAUGAUGUAUAUCCAACUUGCCAACUUCCCCACGCACUACCUCGUGCUUGUCCUCACGGAUGAAGAGUUCAGGUACGCGCUUAUAUCGACAAAAAUGCUCUCAGACACGAUGUUUGGCAACAUGAUCAUGGAGGAUAUCGGCUGGCUUGAUGUGAGACGAAUACGAGGUGAUAGGAAUGCUGGUGCUGGCAUGGAUGAGAUUGUGAUCUCAUCUAUGUCGCACGAACCACUGGUGUUGCAAAAGAGAAAACGAGAUGAUAUCCCUCCAGAAUUAUCAAGAAGCGAAGAUAGUUUCAACUUGGAGACGCAAGUACUCCGGGAGUUAUAUGCAUAUUGUUGCGCACGCGUUGCAUACACCCGAGUCGAGCGUCAGUUUAAGCUCCGUGGCAUCCCCUACACCCAUGUCAACCCCACGGUCACUCUCCCACAGAUAUCCGAGCUUGGACACAUUCAAUCGUCCCUUGCCCGUUCUGUACCGGCACUUUGUGUUCAGUCCUCAGACAUUCUAUCAGGCGCACCAGCAGCCGAAGCGGCCAUGCCCAACAUCCGCGUCAUACCAUUGAACUGGUGGUCAGAUAAGAAGGCGCAGGUAGUAACAUGCGUGAAAUUGAAGUACGUACAACAGCCAGUUGGGAAGCGUGCCGCAGCAGGGUCUAGCAGCAAAAAUAUCAUUCGUCCAUCGAAAAGAAUCAUCUACGAUGCAGCCGAGGCUGUGGUCUCAUUUUUAUCUGAAGAGGUCGAUACCUGUGUGGACGAGUUUCUAGAGGAGUGGGCCCGCGUUUCUAAAAUGGUCGUCAUUGCCCGUGAAGUGGCACGAAUGGGGAAAGGCAAGAGAUGGCCGGACGUGAGACUAUUAUCAUUUGACCUGCAAACUGUAGAGUUUGCGUACGCCUCAGAUUAUACGGUCUUAAUUACUUGUACGGACCAGCUAUCGCCUACAGGUGGAUCUUUCGAGUUACGCUUUUCACGUUGUGCGCCUUCGCCGACCCUCCUACAACCUUCUUCUCUCGCUCCGCCUCAAGUUCGUUUUUCAAAUCACCAGCUACGAACCAAUCCCCAUGAAGAAGCUGAGCCAUAUCUCCGCCAUGUUCUCCGCCACGGCCCAUUGGCGUCAUCACUUGACCGCCUUGUCGAACUCCUUCGAAACACCCUUCCUAUAGCAGUGGAACUUGAACACAUGAGAGCGAGCUCCCGUGACGCCAAGCAGUCGCCAGGACGCGGUAGAGGUCGGCCACGUAUAUCCGACCCGUGGGUAGACACAUACGUCAAAGGCUUGGGCUGGUGGAGGGUGCUAUAUGGCGACCUCAGACAUGCUCUUGACUUCCGGUUAAUGAUAGGACAACGGAUUGCUAUUCUAGAUGCGUCAUACUCUCUUUUCGGCUCAAGCUCCUCUUCAACAUCAUCACCAUCUUCCGAGCUUCUCAGCCUGCUACCAAUUCCAGACUUCAAGACCCUUAUUGUUGAUGCCAUAAAGUCUGUACGUAUAAAAGACGAACAUGCAAGGGUGGCCUACAUCGACGCCGGGGUAGUCUGUGAUAGCUCCUUUGUGAGCGGUGUGGCAAGGGCAUUGCAUGAACGGGUGUUGAAGAAGUUACGGGAUAGAUAACCCCAAAGAUUUCUUUACUCGAUUGGUAUUCUUUAUAUACUUCGUGAAUGCGUCUUUUGCGAAAACACCGCUACGUUAUAUCGUGCAUGCUGUGGUUACCUCAUACUACGAGGUCGAUAUCAACCCAUAAUUAAGUGGCUGUACAAUCGACCCGGUGAG